AGCCUGAAUGGUGGAGACAAAUCAGCUAAAAGAGAUCAAAGUGGCUGGCUGGGGGAGGACAGGAGGAGGGAGAGAUCCAAGCCAGGCUGCCAGAGAAGAUGGUGGAUUACCUGGCCAACACGGAGAUCAAUAGCCAGCGCAUCGCAGCGGUCGAGAGCUGCUUCGGGGCAUCCGGGCAGCCUCUGGCCCUGCCGGGCCGGGUGCUGCUGGGUGAGGGCGUGCUGACCAAGGAGUGCCGCAAGAAGUCCAAACCGCGCAUCUUCUUCCUCUUCAACGACAUCCUGGUGUACGGCAGCAUCGUGCUCAACAAGCGCAAGUACCGCAGCCAGCACAUCAUUCCGCUGGAGGAGGUGACACUGGAGCCGCUGCCUGAGACCCUGCAGGCCAAGAACCGCUGGAUGAUCAAGACCGCCAAGAAGUCUUUCGUGGUGUCGGCCGCCUCCACCACGGAGCGCCAGGAGUGGAUCAGCCACAUCGAAGAGUGCGUGCGUCGGCAGCUGAUGGCCACGGGCCGCCAGCCCAGCACGGAGCACGCGGCGCCCUGGAUCCCCGACAAGGCCACGGACAUCUGCAUGCGCUGCACGCAGACGCGCUUCUCGGCCCUCACGCGGCGCCACCACUGCCGCAAGUGCGGCUUCGUGGUCUGUGCCGAAUGCUCCCGAGAGCGCUUCCUCCUGCCGCGUCUGUCACCCAAGCCCCUGCGUGUCUGCAGCCUCUGCUACCGCGAGCUGGCCACCCAGAAGCGGAAGGAGGAGGAGGAGGAGGAGCGGAGCGCGGGGUCGCCCCGGCAGCCGGCCUACCUGGCCGGGGCCGUCUGCGGAGCAUCCAGCGGGGACGAUGAUGACUCUGACGAGGACAAGGAGGGCAGUGGGGACGGCGACUGGCCCAGCCAAGUGGAGUUCUACGCCUCCGGGGUCUCCUGGUCUUCCUUCCACAGCUGACCCGGAUCUGCAGCUGUGUGGGAGGGUCUCCCCAUCCCUGCUGCAUCCAGUCAGACUCCAUUGCCCGGGCCCCUGAGGGAACAGAGUUCCCAGGCUGCCCAGCAGCCCCCCGGGACCCUGCCCCAUGGGUGGGAGGCUCAGUGGGAAUGGCUCUUUCUCUCUGGGACCCCAGUGCCUUUGUGCUAGACAUUGGCAUCCUUCUGUUCCACUUCAGGUAAUUCUCUUUCCUUAGCAAACCCAAACACUCCGGCCUCUUGAGAACAAAUUUAUUUCUCAGCGCUGUGAGCUGUAGCCCCAGAUGACCCCUUGACCGAGACAACCCCAGGGUACCUGUCAGGACCAGAGGGAAGGUAGGACUGGAGGGAGGUCCCCUGUUGUCUGAGGACUUGCACCACAGCACCUGCCCUUGGGACAACCAUACCCCCAGGGAAGACUGGGCGUCCUAGAAACCACGGUCUGCCCAUGCACCUUGCUGACCGCCUUGCUGGCUGAGCCUCGUCAGGCCAGGCAUGUGCACUUACCUUGAGCCAGACAAGAGAGCCGUGCUCAGGGGACCAACCAGGUUUGGUGCAGCCUGACUCCCACGGAUCCAGGGCAGCCUGCCCAGGCCUCUGGCCCCAUCUCACCUCUGUCCAGUUGUCCAAGUGUCUGAUGCCUCUCAGUCCAGUCCUCCUCUCUUCCUGUGGCUGAGGAAGGCUGCGUUUUCUGUUAGGAUUCUUAACUGCAAGUGACAGAAACUCCCCCCCCCCC